AGAGCCGGCGGCGCGUAAUUCGUUUUUUUUCUUGGUGGAAGGGGUAAUUUAGCAUCACUUUGAUUGGUUUAUUUCCGAGAGAGGGAGAAAAAUGCACUACUGCUCUGAUUCGUCCAAUUCUAGGGGUAGGAGUAAAUCUAAGAAUGUCUUUAUAAAGAGGCUCAAAAUCGGUUUUGGAGCAUUCUCAGUCUAACUUCGUCAGUGUUUACUUAAAAGUUCUCAACUCGCAAUCAUGACUGGUCGUGGUAAGGGAGGAAAAGGAUUAGGAAAAGGAGGAGCCAAGCGGCAUCGUAAAGUUCUUCGUGAUAACAUCCAGGGUAUCACUAAACCAGCUAUCCGUCGUCUGGCUCGUCGUGGUGGAGUCAAACGUAUUUCUGGACUCAUCUACGAAGAAACUCGUGGUGUUCUUAAAGUCUUUCUUGAGAACGUCAUCCGUGACGCAGUCACCUACACUGAGCACGCCAAGCGGAAGACAGUCACCGCCAUGGACGUUGUCUACGCUCUAAAACGUCAAGGCCGUACUCUUUACGGUUUUGGAGGCUAAUUUUAUUACUCGACCCAGCAAUUUAUUAAA